CAGGGGUGGACUGACCAUUUGGAAACUCGGGCACUGCCCGAGGGCCCUGGGUCAGUAGGGGGCCCCAUGAGAUGCCCCUGGUACCUUUUUCAUUGGCUUUUUUGCGUUUGGGCAAGGACACAGGGGCCCCAUGAUCCCCUAUUGCCCGGUGGCCCCAUGAGUUGUCAGUCCGCCCCUGGGUAUGCCACCUAUCAGUGCCACGUAUCAGUGCCAGUCAGUGCCGCCUAUCAGUGCCCAUCACUCCCAUUUUUCAGUGCCUAU